AUGAUCAAGGUCAGUCCUGUUUCAAACAUCCCCUUUUUCCUGUGCUACCCAGGCCCUUGUUACAAUGGUGGCACCUGGAUUCAGGGUAGCUGCUCCUGCCCCAGAACUUUCUAUGGCUCCCUCUGCCAGUUUGCCGUGGAACAGAUGGAUAUAGACACAGUGGACGCUGAAGUGGGUAUGGAGGUAUCUGUCAACCAGGAAUUCUCCUCGGACCUCAAAGACAACACUUCUCAGUCCUACAAGAAUUUCAGCAACAGCUUCCUGGAUCAGAUACAGAGAAUUUACCAAAAUGUGCAGGGGUUCAAGGAUGUGAAGAUCCUGUCCCUGAGGAAUGGCAGCAUUGUGGUGGACUAUCUGGUUCGGCUAGAGUUACCCUUCAGCCUCCAACUGGAGAGUGAGUAUGAGAAGGUGAAGAUAGCCCUGAAGGAGGAGCUCCAGAAUGUCAGCCAAGAUGGGAACAGCUGCCAGAAUGACCAGGUCCUGUGUUUUAAGCCUGAUUCCAUCAAGUUGAACAACAUCACCAGGACGGAGCUGUCCCCAGAAGCCAUCUGUAGCCGCGCUGCUGCCGAGGGCUACGAGGAUUUCUACUUCCCCUUGCUGGUGGAGAACCGGCUCCGCUGUGUCACCAAAUGCACGAGGGGCGUGGACGGCGCCAUCGAUUGUCAUCAGGGCCAGUGUCUUCUGGAGAGGAGCGGUCCUGCUUGCCGCUGCUUCUCCACGGACACGCACUGGUUCUUGGGCCCCCGCUGCGAGGUGUCCAUUCCCUGGAGGGCGCUUGUCGGGGGCCUGGCGGGGGCCUCAGCGCUGAUGCUGCUGCUGGUGGCGCUGAGCGUCUUCCUGGCACGCUCCCGGAAGAGUGGCGGCCAAGGCGGAGGCCGGUGAUCCUGGGAUGACAGAAAGUGGUUCGAGACCUGGGAUGAGAAUACCGUGGGGACUUUUUUAAAGUUGGGCUUCGAGGAUGACGGAACAGUCAAGGAUGGAGACUUCCAUGUGGCUUUGGAGAAUGUGGACAGCAAUGUGAGGAUGCACAUCCACAGAUCUGAAGUGACCUCGUCCUCGCUGUGAGUCCCGCACUACCUUCUCCAUCCCGUCCCGGGCAGCGGAAAGAACCAUCUGCAUUGCAUUUCAAGAGGUGGCCAAGGACUUGUGCAGCUGUCUGCUGGUUUCCCUGGGCAAAAUCAGACUCUCCCCCAACCCCCUUCCUUCUCCCAAUUUGGGUGAAACCCAUCUGGAGACUCAGUUCAAAUCCAGGCUCUUCCACUGUGGGACCUUGGGCAAGUCAGUAACUUCUCUGAACCUCAGUUUCAUCACCUGUAAAAUGAAUGCGGCACAUUCGUCCUGAUACCUGGUGGAAUUACUGUGAAAACCAGAUAUGCUUGGUCAGACCUCUGUCCCAGUGCACCUUCCUGUGUCGGCCCUCAUGCUUAUAUGGCUUCUCUUAGAUCCUCAAGCCCCACAUCCUUCCCUGGGUCUCAGGCCUCUAUCUCUCAUUUUCCAGUGUACAUCCCCAUGGCCUGUUCCUCACCCCACACCUGCAGCCAGCCUGCAGCCCGCCCUCCCCACCCUCUGUGUGUGACCCCCUGCUGUUCUCCUUGCUCCCUUCAAGCUCCUCUUCUGCACCCACUUAGGUCACCCCUCCCCCACCCCAGUGCCUCGCCCUGUGUCUUCCCCUAGUUUCCAUAUUUCCCCCUUCCCCAUCUUUGUACCCUCAGCCCUAAAUCCUGCCCCCAUCUCAGUGCCCCAGUCCUAAAUCCUCCCUCCCCCAGCCCCUGCCCUGUCCCUAGCUAAGGAUGCCCUCUGCUUCUUAGGACCCCCAGCUCCAUUCUGAGGCCUCAUCCCUUCCUGUCACCCCAAGGGCCCUGGACCCUGGUGGAUGGGGGUGGGAGGUAGGUUUCCCCAGGCCAGGUCCCCCAAUCUGAGGCCCCAUCCCUUCCUGUCACCCCAAGGGCCCUGGAUCCUGGUGGGUGAGGCUGGGAGGUAGGUUUCCCCAAGUCCCUGAAGAUGAGGGGAAGUGGGACCCCGAAGUGGAACAGCUCCCCCAGCAGCUCCUCCUCAUUCCCCUAACUCUCCCUCCCCUCCCUUACUGCUUCCCCUCUUCCCACCCCCUUCUCCCCUCCCCUCCCCCUUCCUCUUCCUGGUCUCACCCCUAUCCCUACAGUAACCACUGAAGCCAGAAGCCCCCUGCCUCCUUUGCAGAAAGAUCUCAUUUGGGGACAGGAAGUUUGCGAGUCUCC